AAUGAAAUGAAGGAAAGAGCAAUUGUUGCUUAUUACCAUGACUGGUCGUCUGGUCCUCGCUGUUCGAACUGAACGCUGUUGAGUUGGCAAGAGAGAGAAAGAGAGGAGAGAGAGAGAGAGAGAGAGAAGGGAAACGACGAUGAUAUCGAACGGAAUCGAAGACGAGGAUAAAUGGCUGGCGGAAGGCAUCGCCGGAAUUCAACACAACGCCUUCUACUUGCAUCGCGCAUUGGAUUCGGAUAAUCUCCGAGAAGCACUCAAAUACGCGGCGCUAUUGUUAUCUGAGCUGCGAACUUCGAAACUCUCGCCUCACAAAUACUACGAGCUCUAUAUGCGCGCGUUUGAUGAAUUGAGGAGGCUGGAAGUGUUCUUCAAGGACGAAGAUCGACACGGUUGUCCGGUGGUUGACCUAUAUGAACUUGUUCAGCAUGCUGGAAAUAUCCUGCCUAGAUUGUAUCUUCUUUGCACGGUUGGUUCUGUUUAUAUAAAGUCAAAGGAGGCUCCAGCUAAGGAUGUUCUUAAAGAUCUUGUCGAAAUGUGUCGCUCUGUUCAACAUCCCAUUCGCGGGCUCUUUUUGAGGAGCUAUCUUGCUCAAAUUAGUAGAGAUAAGUUACCAGAUAUUGGUUCAGAGUAUGAAGGUGAUGGUGACACUGUCAUGGAUGCUGUAGAAUUUGUGCUGCAAAAUUUCACGGAGAUGAAUAAACUAUGGGUCCGGAUGCAGCACCAGGGACCUCUCAGGGAGAAAGAUAAACUAGAAAAAGAGCGGAACGAACUGCGUGAUCUUGUGGGAAAAAAUUUACAUGUCCUCAGUCAGAUAGAGGGUAUUGACCUUGAAUUAUACAGAGACACCGUUCUUCCCAGAGUUUUGGAGCAGAUUGUCAAUUGUAAGGAUGAACUUGCGCAAUACUAUUUGAUGGACUGCAUAAUUCAGGUCUUUCCAGAUGAGUACCACUUGCAGACCCUCGAGAUAUUAUUGGGUGCCUGCCCCCAACUUCAACCAACAGUUGACCUGAAAACAGUGUUGUCACAACUGAUGGAGAGGUUGUCGAACUACGCUUCCUCAAGUCCUGAACUGUUACCAGAAUUUUUACAAGUUGAAGCAUUUUCCAAGCUGAGCAAUGCAAUCGGAAAGGUUAUUGAAGCACAAGUUGAUAUGCCUAUUGUUGGAGUAAUCACUCUGUACGUGUCUCUUCUGACUUUCACUCUUCGUGUUCACCCUGAUCGGCUGGAUUAUGUGGAUCAAGUGCUGGGAUCGUGUGUCAAAAAAUUAUCUGGCAUACCAAAGCUCGAAGAUAGUAAAGCAACAAAACAAGUUGUUGCCCUUCUGAGUGCUCCACUGGAUAAAUACGAUGAUAUCGUCACAGCUCUUACACUUUCUAAUUAUCCCCGAGUAAUGGAUCACCUUGAUGCUGGGACAAAUAAAAUCAUGGCGAUGGUUAUCAUCAAAAGCAUUAUGAAAAACAAAACUUUUGUUUCAACUUCUGACAAGGUUGAGGUACUUUUUGAACUGAUAAAAGGGCUUAUAAAGGAUUUGGAAGGGAUUUCUACAGACGAGCUUGAUGAAGAAGAUUUCCACGAGGAGCAAAAUUCUGUUGCUUGCCUCAUGCACAUGUUGUAUAAUGAUGACCCAGAUGAGAUGCUAAAGAUAAUAUGUACAGUGUGGAAACAUAUAACGGCUGGAGGUCAGAAACGCCUAUCUUUCACAGUUCCUCCUCUUGUUUUUUCUGCUCUUAAGUUGGUUAGGAGAUUGCAAGGCCAAGAUGGAGAUGUAGCUGGAGAAGAAGUUCCAGCCACCCCAAAGAAAAUAUUUCAGCUCUUGAAUCAGAUUAUCGAGAGUCUGACAGUUGUUCCAUCACCUGAACUGGCUUUGAGGCUCUACUUGCAAUGUGCAGAGGCUGCUAAUGACUGUGAACUUGAACCGGUGGCUUAUGAGUUUUUCACACAAGCUUUUGUUUUAUACGAGGAAGAAGUUGCGGAUUCUAAAGCCCAGGUGACAGCUAUUCACCUAAUAAUCGGGACGCUGCAGAGAAUGAACAUUUUUGGCGUUGAGAAUCGAGAUACCUUGACUCAUAAAGCCACAGGGUAUUCGGCUAAACUUUUAAAGAAGCCGGAUCAGUGCAGAGCAGUUUAUGCUUGUUCCCAUCUUUUCUGGGUUGAUGAACCGGAUGGUGUUAAAGAUGGAGAAAGGGCUCUACUUUGCUUAAAGCGUUCGUUAAGGAUUGCCAAUGCGGCUCAGCAGAUGGCAAAUGUUACCAGGGGUAGCAGCGGGCCCGUAACACUCUUCGUUGAAAUACUCAACAAGUACCUUUAUUUCUUCGAGAAGGGAAACCCUCAGAUAACAGGUUCUGUAAUUCAGGGACUUGUAGAGUUAAUUAAAACCGAGAUGCAGAGUGACAGUACAACGGCCAAUCAUGCUUCAGAUGCAUUUUUUACGAGCACGUUGCGUUAUAUUCACUUCCAGAAGCAAAAAGAUGGUCCCAUGGGUGAGAAAUAUGGUUCUAUUAAGUUGUGACAUUUUUUAUGCUUCUUCCGAAAUGUGAUUAAUUUAAUUUAUUCACACCCUUCUGUUGUCGAGUCGACUCCUGUCACUUUGAAAACUUCUGUUGUAUACGAAAACUCAGUGAUCUUUGUAUGUGAAAAGGAAAUAAAAAUAAAAAUAUUUAUGCUAUCAUAUUUUUUCGUCCCUUCUAGUCUACUUUAUUUAUGUUCCUUUGUAAUAGUUACAAUAAUGCAUUAAUUAAUUAUAUAUUUUUCUUUGAUUUUAC